AUGCUGUUCUCACCUGCAGCCGGUGUGCUUGCCCUCCUGACGCUAGCCGGGGCGGUCCGUUGUUCCGGCUCAAGCGCGUUCCCUAGCCCGGGCAACGCGAGCUAUGAGUACGUCGUGAUCGGAGGCGGCACCGCCGGGCUGGCCAUGGCCGCACGGCUCGCCGCGGCGGGCAAAUCAGUCGCCGUGGUCGAGGCAGGCGGGUGGCCCACCGAGAUGGGCAACCUGACGACGGUUCCCGGCUACGCAUUCUCGAACCCGGUGCUUGCCCCCGUCGAGGCCUUCCCCUCAAUCCCGCUGCUGGACUGGGAGCUGCUGUCCCAGCCGCAGACAGGCGCCAGCAACCGCCGGGUGCACUACGCCGCCGGCAAGACGCUCGGCGGCACGUCGGCCGUCAACACGCUGGCGUACCACCGCGCCACCAAGCAGACGCACCAGCGCUGGGCCAGCAUUGCCGGCCAUGCCAGCUACACCUGGGACAAGAUGCUCAAGUUCUUCGUCAAGUCGACCACGCUCACGCCCCCGGACUGGACGAAGCGCGCCUCACCCAAUGCCACUUUCACCUAUGACUCGACCGUCUUCUGCUCCUCCUCCUCUUCCUGCGGACCCCUCCAGGUGUCGUAUUCGAACUGGGUCGACCCGACCAGCACCUGGUUUGCCGUGGCGCUCAAGGCUAUUGGGCUGGGCUUGAGCUCGGUCGGCUUCAACAGCGGCGUCCUCUCUGGCAGCGGAGCCUACACGACCGAGACCAUCGACCCGGCCUCGGCUACCCGAUCGUCGUCGCAGACCAGCUAUCUCGCCUGGGCGCUGCAAAACACGCAGCUCAAGGUCUAUAACCGGACGCUGGCAUCUAAGAUUCUAUUCACGUCCGGCAACAAGGCCUCAGGCGUCAGGGUAACCACCGACGGCGCGGCUGCCUACACCCUGACAGCAACCAAGGAGGUUAUCCUCUCCGCGGGGACGUUCCACUCGCCGCAGCUCCUGAUGCUCUCCGGGAUCGGGCCACAGAAGCUCCUCACCCCGCUCAACAUCCCCGUGGUCAAAGACCUACCGGGUGUCGGACAGAACCUGCAGGACCCCAUCUUCUUCUCGGUACAAAACGGCGUCACGACCCCGUCGCUGGCGAGCGAGCUUGCCGACCCCAACCGCGUUGCGCCCAACCUCGCGUCCUACGUCAACAACCGCGCUGGACCGUACAGCUCCGCGGGGGGUUACAUCGCCUUCGAGAAACUACCCAACUCGUCGCGGGCGGCGCUCUCGGCACGGACGCUGUCGCUGCUGGCGACGCUCCCGGACGACGUGCCCGAGAUUGAAUACCUCGCAGGGAGCUUCGCAGGCACGGGCAACGGGGUGACCACCAUCGGCGACCUGAGCGCGGCCGUGCUGAACCCCUUCUCGCGCGGGUCCGUGACGCUCGCGAGCGCGAGCAUCGCCGACGCGCCCGUCAUCGACAUGGGGUGGCUGACGGACCCGGCCGACGCCGAGGUGGCCGUGGCGGCCUUCAAGCGGCUGCGGCAGGCCUGGAGCGCGCCGGCGCUCGCGAGCUGGAAGGUCGGGCCCGAGGUGUCUCCCGGCGCCGAGGCGGUCCAGACGGACGAGCAGAUGCUAGAUUACAUCCGCAGCAACGCCAUCCAGAUCUGGCAUGCGAGCGCCACCUGCGCCAUGGGCACCGACCCGGCCGCCGGAGCCGUCGUUGACUGGCGCGCAAAGGUCUUUGGCGUCGACAGGCUGCGCGUUGUGGAUGCCUCGGCUCUGCCCUUUGCCCUGCCCGGCCAUCCCCAGGCGACCAUCUAUGCCUUUGCCGAGAAGAUUGCCGCCUCGAUCUUGGAAGGUAACUAA